GAAGAGCAACACAAAAUGCAACGCGACGGAGAUCAGCAGCGGCUGCUGGGUGAGGAUCAGCAGCAGCAGGCGGAGGAGCAGCAGGACGAACAGAUGCUGGGCAGCGAGCACAUCGCGCCCGCUGGCAUUGGCUUUGUGCCCGCCUUUUCGCCACAGUACGACGUCGACGAUGACGAACGCUGCCUGCUCGUACGGGAACGGGAGCGGGACGAGGUGGUGCAGCUGACGAAUGCGCCCAGUGCAGGCGCCGCGUUAACCUAUUGCGUCUUCUACCUGCUCGGCAUUGGCACCAUGACGCCCUGGAACUUUUUCGUCACCGCCGAAGAUUAUUGGAAAUACAAAUUCCGCAACACAACGUUCAAUGAUACACAUCCCGAGGAGGAGCUGACGCCGCUCCAGAAGAGCUUCACCUGUGACCUGGCCCUGACCGCGACCAUUUCGGGCACCACGUUCCUCCUGCUGAACGCCGUCUAUGGACAUUAUGUGUCGCUGCGUGCCAAGAUGCUGGGCACGCUGUGCACGAUACUCGUGCUCUUUGGCAUCACCACGGGCUUCGUUGAGGUCGACACGGAUCGGUGGCAGGAGCAGUUCUUUCUUAUCACGCUCAUCAUUGUGGUCAUACUGAACAUUAGCUCGGCGACCAUGUCGGGCGCCCUGUACGGCGUCGCUGGCCUCUUUCCCUCGGAGUAUAUGACAGCUGUGGUCAGUGGCCAGGCGCUGGGCGGCAUACUCACUGCCCUGGCGUUCAUUUUGGUGCUCGCCUUCGAUGCGGGCCCCUCAGCCACCGCCUUUGUGUUCUUCAUCAUGGGCGCCCUGCUGAUCUUCUUCUGCAUCGUCUGCUACUCUGUGAUGGCGCGCCAGGCGUACUUUAAGUAUUAUCUGGAGGGCGGCGAUAAGUUCAAAGUGAUUAGCGCCCUGCCCGCGCAUAGCCGCAACGACGAGUCGGGCGUGCCCCUCGAGCCGAUGCUCAAGCAAGUGUUGGGCAAAAUCUACAUUCAGGCCGUCUGCCUCGCCCUGCUGUAUGCGACAACACUCUCCGUUUAUCCGUCGGUGACGGUGCUUAUGCAAUCGGAGCAUUCCGCCAGUCACACCGAGUGGAGUGAUGUUUACUACCUGCCCGUUGUGAAUUAUUUGUUCUUCAAUUGCGGCGAUUACGUUGGGCGCCUGAUUGCCGGCUGGCUGGAGAGUCCCAGGAACGAGCAGACGACGCUGCUCUGGACCGUGGUGCGUGUGCUGUUUGUGCCCUGCUUUCUCUGCUCGAACAGCAGCGAGCACCACUUCCUGCCCACGCUGGUGCAGCACGACCUCACCUUCAUGGCCAUGAUCAUAGCCUUUGCGCUCUCCAACGGCUAUCUGACCAACAUACUGCUCAUCAUGGCGCCAAGAAGCGUCGAUCAGCAUGAGAAGGAACUGGCCGCCUCCAUAAUGGCCGCCUCCCUGAGCGUGGGCAUGGCCGUCGGCUCGUUGCUGAGCUUGGCAUUUGUGCAAAUGUUGUGACCGCCUUCUGGCCGCCCCUAUCCGCCCGUAUCCUCCCGUAUGGUGCCUUAGAAAUCUUUGUUUAUAUUUUUUUAACUAUCGAUAGCUAAUUAUAUCUAUAUUUU